AUGGUGUAUGAAAUCGUGUUUGACAUGGUAUGUGUACCUAUUAGACAGGAUCUUUAUGGUGAUGAUAAUCGUUUAUGGCCAUUGGAAUUAGAAUUAAAUUUGUCAGACUUAAGGUCUUUCUUUGUGAUACAGACUCUUUAUCCGCGAGGAAAAGUGCUCUAA